UCAAAUAACCAAUGCUCGCCUCUCCCUCACCGCCACUCAAAUUUGCCGAGUCCUAAACUAGAAGCUCAAAAGAGAGACGGAAAAAAGGCCUAAUUUUGUAAAACCAACUUCUAAAAAUAAAAACCACAGACAAAAAAACCUAGAACGAAAGGGACUCAAAAUUGAAUCAAUCAAAUCUCAGAUUUUGCCUUGGGUGUUCUGAAGUUUGAUGAUCUAAGGAAAAGAAAUUGGAUUCUGCUGCUAACUUAGUUCCGGUCAAACCAACCGUCACCACCAUGAUCAGAUGUCAUCAUUCUACUAGCCGACCUCUAUAAGCUAUAUCUGGAAUUUGAGCUCGAUCAUACUUGCUUUAACCGUUGAGAAAUAUUGGUUGUGCUUAUUUGGCCUAUAAAAUAGUUGAGGGGCAAAUUUGUCCCUCGAGCUAGUAAGUUGUUGUAAUUGGCAGUUACAGAAACAUGUACUGGGGUGUGCCCACAACUACCACAACUCGAGGUGGUUCGCCUACCGAUAAUGGGGAUUCUGUCGUGACUUUGGAUCAAGUUCCACGAUGGAGUGAUGCGGAAAGUAGAUUAUCAUUUGGUUAUGACAAUGAUGACCCUUCAUUUUCGAAUUCAUAUUUCCCUGAUCCUUUAACAUGUCCUGUUGAGGGGGAAAGUAGUGGCAGUGGGAUGAUAUCAAGGUUUCCUGUGGAUCAUGAUAUCAACUCAAAGAUAUAUUUAUGGAGGGGAAACCCAUGGAAUCUUGAGGUGGAUGCUGUUGUGAAUUCUACAAAUGAAAACUUGGAUGAAGCACACAGUAGUCCUGGUCUACAUGCAGCUGCUGGUCCUGGUCUUGCAGAAGAAUGUUCUACACUGGGUGGUUGUCGGACAGGGAUGGCAAAAGUUACGAAUGCGUAUGACCUCCCUGCUAGGAGAGUCAUUCAUACGGUUGGUCCUAAAUAUGCAGUGAAGUAUCAUACUGCUGCAGAGAAUGCUUUGAGUCACUGCUACCGCUCUUGUCUUGAGCUUCUCAUUGAAAAUGGGCUUCGGAGUAUUGCUGUGGGCUGUAUAUAUACAGAGGCUAAAAACUAUCCGCGUGAGCCAGCUGCACAUGUGGCUAUAAGAACAGUUAGGCGCUUUCUUGAGAAACAGAAAGAUAAAAUCAAAGCUGUUGUCUUUUGUACAACCACAACAAUGGAUACUGAAAUAUAUAAAAGAUUGUUACCACUUUACUUUCCUCGAGACAAACAUGAAGAGGAGGUGGCAAUAGCAAAGCUUCCUUCUGAUGUUGGGGAUGAGAAUGGUGAGACAAUAAUUGAUGAACGUAAAAUCAGAAUAAAGCCUUUACCCAAGAAAACUAUUCCAAAACCUCCCCAAGCUGAAGCUGACCUUCCUGUCAGCAAUGUUGGUUUGGUACGAAGAAAUUCGUCAUACUUGGAUUCAUAUCUGGAUCCUGCUUUCAUGUCAUUAAUUAAGGAUCCAGAUCAAAGACGCAAGGAGCAAUGGGAAAAAACUGCUCAAGCCCAGAGUGGAUGGAAUUGUGCUAAAUUGCUUGGAUUUGGGAAUCUUGGUGGCCCUCCACUUUCUGUUGCUGAGGAGUACUCUCUGCACUCUAGAUACCUAGCUAAAGCAAAUUCUCUUAAUCUUUCGGAAAUUGCAGAGAUGAAAAUUGUUUACCGAGGUGGGGUAGACAGUGAGGGCCGUCCUGUGAUGGUGGUUGUGGGUGCACAUUUUUUGCUGCGAUGUCUUGACCUGGAGCGAUUUGUGCUUUAUGUGGUGAAGGAAUUUGAGCCCUUGAUUCAGAAGCCUUAUACUAUUGUGUAUUUCCACUCUGCGGCAUCUUUACAACUUCAACCAGACUUGGGAUGGAUGAGAAGAUUACAACAAAUACUUGGUCGGAAGCACCAGCGGAACCUGCAUGCAAUAUAUGUCCUUCAUCCUACAUUUCACCUGAAGGCCACAAUUCUUGCUCUACAAUUAUUAGUUGAUAAUGUGACAUGGAAAAAAGUAGUAUAUGUUGAUAGACUUCUACAGCUGUUCAGACACGUUCCUCGUGAGCAGUUGACUAUCCCAGACUUUGUUUUCCAGCAUGAUCUAGAAGUGAACGGAGGAAAGGGUCUCAUUGUGGACCCUAGAACGAAGUACGUGUAUCACCGACCAUAGUCACCAGAUUAUACAGUCCAUCCGGAUGACAGUGCAAGUCUAUGGAUUGUUUGUGGUUCUUCAGUUGUCCCAUUCCUGCUGUCUGCGUCGAGGAAGCAGCUGCUAUAUUUUGUACAAAAUUGUAUCUGAUUUUCUGUUUUGGCCCUUUUGAUUUGUCGCAAUUGUUGUAUUUGGUGGGUAUAAUGUGUACAAAUAAUAAAUUACAUUACUUACCUAUUUUCCUGAAAAGAAAUUCUUUUAUACCUUUAUGUAUCUCACUCUUACAUUUUUA